AUGUCCGACCUCGAGUGGGCGCUCGCGAGCCUCUCUGCGCCGUCUGGGAGUAGCCGGGCGGCAGAAAUCGUCACAGCGGUCAAGGGCGCCGACUUCCGCGCCGUCGUCUUCAGCAAGGAAGGUACGGACGUGCUCGCGCUCGUUCCCAACCUCCUCGACGGGCUGCAGGAGGGCGCGACAGACUCGGACUCUUCUUCCUCCCCAAAGGUCUCCGAUGAAGACGCGUUUGUUCUGCUGGCGGUAGCGGUCGCGCUGCAACACGCCUUCGUCCAGGCCAACUGGACUGGCCCGAACCUCGACUUUGGACCUGCCGACGUGAUCGCGGCCGUGCGCGGCGGUGAGGUCGGCGACGCGGACGCCGCCAAUGCUGCGGCCAACGCUGGCGCCCUUCCAGCUCUCACCAUCCUGGGUGAGCCGGCAUACCACCUCGCCGCUCAUCCCGCCCUCUUUCUCCUCUCCGUGCGCCUGCUAGCCUACCUGCAGAAGUCUGCCGCGCUCAAGACCCUCCCCUGGUGGCUCCUGCGCAGCCACCUCGUCCACCUUGCCCUGCUUGACGAGCCUGUUGCUUUGUCAGACGACAUAAUUCAGGAGGUUAUUGCUCUGGUCGACGCUGCGCCUGACGCAGACACGGCCGCUGCGCUGCAGCUCGAACUCGGCCUCCUCCAGUCGCGUUUGGGACAGGACCGAGCCGCGAACCAGGCGUUCCUCGCGGCCGCGCGAGCUAGCGGCCUCGAGUUUGAGCUCGCUGGUGCAAUGGGCCGCCGUACCAAGUUCCAGGUGAUGGACUACUCGCAGCUUGUUCUGCUUGCCGAGAGCCGUGCACGAGAGGGCGAGGAGGUCGUGGAGAAGAAGGUACCAGAGACUCUGGCGCUCAACGACGACACGCUGCUAGAAGAGACCGAGUUCACCAAGGUCACACAGACCGGCUCGGGCGCACUCGCCCACCUCGACCCAUCGAACCAGCCGCCGCUGCACCCGCUUGACCAGGCUCUCCUUCUCUCGCUGUGCCUGUCGCAACGCAAUGACUCGCCGACACACGGCCUCACGAACCAGCAGAUGAUGCCAUUCCUCGCACGGGUCCUCUCUCACCCCCGCAACUGGAGCAUCCACACCACUGCACUCCUCCUCCGCUCACGCCUCGAGGCGAACCGCUCGCGCACGGUUGAGCGGUCGACGCUCCAGCUCGCCGCGCUCAUUGACCAGAUGCCGACGGCCGACUCGGCUCCGGCCGAGCGCCUCCAGUACUUCCAUCAGCUGCCUCUGCCGUCCAAGUGGGAGAUGGAGCGCGAGCUCGCCAAGCGCUACCUUUCGCUCGGUGUCGUGCGGUCCGCGCUUGAGAUCUUCACACGUCUCGAGAUGUGGGAAGACGCCGCCAUUGCCAUGAUGCGGAUGGACAUGGACAGUGAGGCUGAGCGCCUCGUUCACGACCUCCUAGAGGGGCGUAAGAUUGAGAGUGACGUUGUGGUGCAGCUCGGCAAGAGCAGCCUCUCGGACGCACGCCGCGCCAAGCUCUCCUCGGCCCGCGCAGCCAAGCUGUGGUGCGUUCUGGGCGACCUCGCGCUCAAUGGUGACGUGGGUAUUCGGGACCCAGAGGCUGGCCGUGCCGCUGCAAUCGAGAAGUACGACAAGGCAUGGGAGGUGAGCGGCGAGAGCAACUCGCGCUGCCAGCGCUCCCUGGGUGCGCUAUACACUAGCUCGAGGCAGUAUGAGGCGGCCGUCGGCGCGUUCAAGAAGGCGCUCGCGAUCAACCCUCUCUACGCGCAGGCGUGGUUCACGCUUGGCGUAUGCUACAUGCGCCUUGAGCGGUGGCGUGAAGCACGCGAUGCGUUCAAGCGCCAGGUUGGCGUCAAUCCCGACGACAGCGAAGGAUGGAACAACCUCGCGGCCGUUUAUCUGAGGAUGAACGAAGAGGGUCUUCAGCCGGGCGAAGUUCCCGAGCCCGUGACGUUCGAGACGAAGCAGCUCGCGUGGCAUGCGCUCAAGUCGGGUCUGCGGACGAGCUACGACAACUGGCGCAUGUGGCAGAACUACAUGGUUGUGUCAAUCGACGUCGGCGAGCUCGCCGAGGCUGUGCGUGCCAUGACCCGUGUCGUCGAGGUCAUGGGCACCAAGGACCCGCUUGUGGCCGUCAACCCCGAGGUGCUAGACAAGCUUGUGGACGCGAUUUCGAGGGACGCAUGGAACGAUGGUAACGGCCCUGCGGACGGCAAGCCACCUCCCACAAGUAACGAGGGGUGGGGCCUGCUCCCCCUCGUGGACAGGUUGUUUGACAGCACCAUCUUCCCCCGAAUCAGCGACGACCCGCGUGUUUGGCGCGCACAUGCGCGCCUCCUGCGAUGGAAGGAGGACUGGGCUGGUGCGCUCGAGGACUAUGUGCGUGCAUACCGCGCUGACGUCGUUUCCGACGAGCGGGUCGAGCGUGACCGUGCGCGUUUCGCCGAGGCCGUAAGCGAGGUCGAGGACCUGGUGGCUACGUUCCAGCUACUGGGGCCCAAGGUGCCCCGCGUCGAGGGGAAGAAGGGCGACUGGCGCUUCCAAGCGCGCGGGAUCGUGCGGACGUUCAUGGGCCGUACCAAGGAUGCAUUCGAGGGUGAGCCAGAGUGGGACCGUCUGAAGGACCUGCUGGACGAGCUCCGGCGCUCUGACUAG